AUGGAGCGUUCGCUGGAACAGCGGUACGCCACGGCCUUCGUCGUCACCAACUUCUUGACCCAGAAGAAGAUCUCAGUUGUGCCCCAGCCUCCUUACAGCCCUGACUUAGCUCCGUGCGACUUUUUUUUGUUCCCCCUACUGAAGAGAGAGCUAAAGGGAAAACACUGGGAGUCGGUGGAGAACAUCCAAGCUCGCGUAACAAGGUUCCUGAAAGGCAUUUCUGUCGAGGAGUUUCAGGGAGAGGUGAUCCCCUUGUACUGGAUUGAUGCCACAGUUGUUGAAGGCAACAAGAAAAUCAGUAUACCGGCACCAAGAAUGGCCUCUACCGUUAUUCAAGAGCUCAUGAAAAGCACUGAUCACUGA